AUGAACGAGAAGGAACAGGAGAAGACGGUCUUCUACACAGAUCAAAGUGUGUACUGUUACACCACCAUGCCCUUUGGGCUGAAGAACACCGGGACCACAUACCAGCGCUUGGUCAACCGAACUUUCAAAUCUCAAAUAGGUCGAAAUGUCGAAACCUACGUGGACGACAUCCUCCUCAAAAGUCAGAAGAUCUCCACUUUCCUAUUCGACCUGAAGGAGGUCCUCGAGAUCCUUCGUAAUACCCGGAUGAUGCUGAACCCCAAGAAAUGUAUUUUUAGAGUCACCUCGGAAAAAUUUUUGGGAUACCUCGUCUCACGGCGGGGUAUAGAGGCAAAUCCUGAGAAGGUGAAGGUGAUCCAGGAAAUAUCUCCACCUCGGUACACCCGGGAUGUGCAAAGGCUUACAGGGCGACUGGGAGCCCUGAACCGAUUUCUGUCGCAAUCUGCUUCCAAGGCAUUGCCCUUCUUUAAGGUCCUGAAGAAAACUGACAACUUCUCCUGGACAGGAGAGUGCCAACAGGCUUUUGAGCAACUAAAUGAAUACCUACACCACCUCUCAACACUAACUUCAUCUCGGAUUGGGGAUAAGCUAUACCUAUACCUGUCUGCCGCGGAUGAGUCCGUGAGUGUCGUGCUAAUAAGGGAAGAGAGUGUGCAAAUGCCCGUCUAUUACGUUAGCCGAGUCCUUCGAGAUCCUAAGAUCAGGUAUACUCAAGCAAAGAAGCUCAUGCUGGCGUUGAUCCACGCAGCUCGUAGGCUGAAGCCCUACUUCUUAGCUCAUUACAUUUGCCUGAGGACCGAUCAGCCCCUCAAACAAGUCUUGUCACGCCCCGAGACUUCCGGACGUCUCACUAAAUGGGUCAUCGAAUUGGGAGAAUACGAUUUGUCCUAUGAGCCCCGAACGGCCAUCAAAGCGCAAGCCCUUGCGGACUUUAUAGCCGAGCUCACUUUCGAUGAAUCGAAUGAGUCCAUCUCAACCACUGUUGGGCCUCAGCAGUGGAUCCUACAUGUGGACGACUCGUCUAACAACGAGGGUAGUGGAGCCGGUUUGCUCCUAGAAGACCACCAAGGGGAGUUGUGUUCGUACGCCCUUAAGUUUGAUUUUGCUGCCUCUAACAACGAGAUUGAAUAUAAGGCAGUCAUUGCUGGCCUACAACUGGCUCAUAAGUUCGGUGUUCAGCACAUCUUGGUCAACAACGACUCCCAACUCGUUGUGUGCCAGUAUGAGGCUAGAGAAGAGGUCAUGCAGCGUUACCUCUCCAAAGUCCGCCAGUUAACAGCACACUUCGAGUCCUUCGAAAUUCAAAGGAUACCCCGGUCACAGAAUAGACGGGCUGACGCCUUAUCUCGGCUCGCAUCCACUUCCUUCUCUGACUUGAACAAAAUAGUUCUCGUAGAAGUAUUGGCCGAACCAGACUAUGCAGAAGAAAUCGUGUGUCCCGUUUACCCAGGGGACACUUGGAUGAGUCCGCUAAUUCGGUUCCUCAGUCAGGGAGAGCUCUCAGAAGAUCGAGGCGAAGCAAGAAAACUUCAGCGUAAAGCAGGUCGGUACGCUCUCCGGCAAAACGUUUUGUACAAGAGAUCGUACCUCGACCCGUGGUUGCGGUGUACCACACCAGAAGAAGGGAAAAGAAUCCUCCAAGACAUCCACGAGGGGCUCUGUGGUGCACACGUUGGCUAUCGGAUGCUAGUCAAGAAGAAUAAUGUCGAUGUUGAACAAACCUCAAAAUGGGACCAAGGUGGUCCCCAAGUGGAGUCAGAGCUUUUGCUCUCUACCACCUCAUACUGUAGUACCAUGCUAGUACAAGCUGAUUUUUCGAGAGGUGGUCGGUGGGCCGAGAGUCGUACAACCAAGUACGUGCCCUCGCAUGUUGUAUCUGUAUUUCGUUAUCAGCUUACCAUGAUGGACGUCGAUGAGGUUGAUACUGUAUCACGAAUAGGAUCAAUUUGCAAUAGAUACCUCGAUCCUGCAAACCCUGCUCAGUGUGCUCAUCCCGGCCUAACUUUGAUUAGAAAGGAGGCAUUCAGAACAUUACAAUACUUGAACCAGGGAAUUCAGACUGCAGUUGGACCCUUUGACCAUCACGAUGUUGGUACAUCUACUUCUCGCGCUGCACCUUUCGAAAUGCUUGUCGAGCAUUUACCCAGACAAGUGCGUGGUAGGAAUCAGGGAGGAAGGCAUCGUAGGAGGGCUACCUCAUUACGUGAUGAUGAUGUUCCUGUUACACAGACUCCUCAUGCUUCAUCACAUGCCCAAUACGACCCUAAUGUUGUUACUCAAUUUUCCCAUUCCGGAUCGUUCUAUACCCCUCCAUGUGUGCCUGCUUUUGGAAGUCAUUUAAAUAUGACACCUACUGCCUUAUCGGAUUCAACUAUAUGA